AUGACAUCAAGACAACAGCCUCCUUGGAUACAGCCUAAAGCAAAAACUGUACCUGUUCUUAAAUUUCAGAAUUCUCUUACCAAAACCAAAACAGAAUUCAUUCCUCAAUCAGGUCGUCGAGUGACAUGGUACAAUUGUGGACCUACUGUUUAUGAUGCCUCUCAUAUGGGGCACGCACGUACUUACUUGACUAUGGAUAUCAUUCGCCGUGUUCUUCAAGACUACUUUAGAUACGACGUUCUCUUUGUACAGAAUGUUACAGAUAUCGAUGACAAAAUUAUCUUGAGAGCUCGUCAGCAGUAUCUUUUCAAUAACCUCAAAAAGGAGACACAGACAUUGGAUGAAGCUAUUGUUCAACAAACAGAGGAGGCCUGGACUGAAUUUGCCAAAACCAAGCUGAAGAAGUUGGAUGAGACAAUAAAGCAGUUGGCUAUUACAAAUUGGCCAGAAUUUGUAAAUAAGAUGACACCUGAGGAAAUCACAAAGGCUGUUGCUGCGGAUGAAAAAUUCAGAAUGAUUUAUAGUGCAUUGUCCACGUCCUACAAUGCUAUUCAAAAAGCAAAAGAAGAAUUAUCCAAAGGCAUUAAAACAAAAGAGGCAGCAGAUCAACUCUUGGAUGCAUCACAAGAUACAUUGUCUGCAUGGUUAGAUGUUAGGAAAGGUUCAGAAGUCAACGACCCCAAAGUAUUCCGCGAUUUACCCGCUUACUGGGAAGAUCAAUUCUUUAAAGAUAUGGAAGCUCUGAAUGUACGUGCACCCGAUAUUCAAACGCGUGUGAGCGAAUAUGUUCCAGAGAUUAUCGAGUAUAUCCAAAAGAUUAUCGACAACGGAUACGCUUAUGUUGCUGACGGCUCUGUUUACUUUGACACUGCACGAUAUGAUGGACACAAUGGUCAUCAUUAUGCCAAACUUGAACCAUGGUCCAAGGGCGAUACCGCUUUGAUCGAGGAUGGUGAAGGCAGUUUAGGUAGCAAGCUCCAAGGCAAGAAGAACCCUAGUGAUUUUGCCCUUUGGAAGGCAUCCAAGCCUGGAGAGCCUGUCUGGAGCUCACCUUGGUCACAGGGUCGUCCUGGUUGGCACAUUGAGUGUUCCGUCAUGGCUAGCGCUGUUCUUGAUCAAAACAUGGAUAUUCACAGUGGCGGUAUCGAUUUGGCCUUUCCUCACCACGACAAUGAAUUGGCUCAGUCCGAGGCUUAUUAUGACUGCCAGCAAUGGGUCAAUUACUUCUUGCAUGCCGGUCAUCUCCACGUAGAAGGUCAAAAGAUGAGUAAGAGCUUAAAGAACUUUAUCACAAUCCAAGAAGCUCUCAAGACAUACUCAGCGCGUCAGCUUCGUUUGUUUUUCCUCAAGCAUCAAUGGGAUGCCAAGAUGGACUUUAAGAGGACAAGCAUGGACGAAACAAUUCAGGUUGAACAGACGGUCAAGAACUUUUUCGACAAUGUUAAAGCCCUCAUUCACAAAGUCAAGGUGGAUGGAUCCCGCGGUGCAAAUGAAUUGCCUGAUGGCGCUAUCACUCACCGAUUUAGAGACGCUGAAAAGGAGCUUCUUCAAACUCUCUCGGAAAAACAGGAGGCUGUACACGCCGCACUUUGUGAUUCUAUCAAUACCCCCGUGGCCAUGGACGAAAUUAUGGACAUGAUCAAUCAGACAAAUAAGUACAUGUCUGGUGGCGCCAAGGCUGUCAAUACACACUUGCUCAGCAAGAUUGCUAAAUGGAUUACAUCCAUGUUUAAGGUCUUUGGUGUUGUGGAUCAAGGUGUUGAUAUCGGAUUAGGCGCCGUUUCUGGCACUGCAAACCAGAACGCCGAAGAAUUAUUGAUGCCUUACCUGCAUGCCCUUUCCACUUUUAGAGAUCAAGUCCGUCAAGGAGCUCGCCAAAAGGUUGAGCAUACCGAGUUCUUGAAAUUGUGUGAUUCACUUCGUGAUAACCAAUUAGUGGAUCUUGGUGUUUCUUUGGACGAUAAGGAAGACGGUACCGCGCUGGUAAAGCUUGUUCCUCGUGAAGAACUCAUAAAGCAGCGUGAAAGAAAAUUGGCAAUUGCCGCUGAAAAGGAAGCCAAGAAGGCCGCUGCUGCUGCUGAACGUGAGCGUAAACGUUUAGAACGAUUAGAAAAGGGCAAAGUUGCUCCUCAGGACAUGUUCAAGCAGUCUGAUGAAUUUUCACAGUUUGAUGAGCAAGGUAUUCCUACACAUACCAAAGAUGGUCAAGAAGUGGCCAAGAGUCGAAGAAAGAAGUUAGUCAAGGAAUAUGAAAUGCAAAAGAAACUUCAUGAGGAAUAUUUAAAAGAAACUAAUAAUAAAUCUUAA